AUUAUACCUGCAGUCUGAGUGCAACAAAGGGGCGUGGCCAUCAAUCACAGGGGCGUGGCCACCAAUCACAGGGGCGUGUCCACCCACCACAGGGGCGUGGACACCCACCACAGGGGCGUGGACACCAAUCACAGGGGCGUGGACACCCACCACAGGGACGUGGCCACCCACCACAGGGGCGUGGCCAUCUGCUAGGAGAUAAUCCAAUUGAUUUCUGUCACAUGAUGUUCUGCUUAAUCAGAACCUUCUGGAUCAGUCCGACCCGCUCAGUGAUUUGUUUUAACUGACAGCGUGAAGUGGGCGGGGUUUAUGUCCUGCUCUGCACCUGGCCAGCAGGGGGCAGACUGACUGCUCUGUGUUUCUGUCAGAGGACCAACAGUCUGUAGCCGCUGACGCUGCCUCAGUCUCACUUCAGCUUUCCACACUUCCCCCUCUCAAUGGGCGGAGCCUCACUGUGUGUGUGUGUGUGUGUGUGUGUGUCAGGGAAAUAAUGAAGUUGUGGGAGUUUUCUGUUCUUCUUAAAGGACGUGUUUCCCCAUUUUUCAACAGUUGUCUGAACAGAAAGAGGAAGAGCUGCAGCUCACUGUGUGUGUGUCGUUAAUGUGUGUGUGUGUUGGGGUGUGUGUGAGAGAGCAGAGGACAUGAGGAUUUUGGUGUUGCUGCCGGAUCAUGAGAAGAGGAGGAUUAAAUCAGAGCUGCCAGCAGCGGGGAGCAUGCUGGAUGUCUAUGGAGGGAUGUCCAUCCCCACCAUCGCCGUUAGCAACAGCUGCCCGGCCGACCUGCAUGCCGUCAAGCAGGAGCUAACAGAUGUGGAGACCAAAGCUCUGAUGAAGGAGCGGCAGAAGAAGGACAACCACAACCUGAUUGAGAGGAGACGGCGCUUCAAUAUCAACGACCGCAUCAAGGAGCUCGGAGCGCUGAUCCCCAAGUCCUCUGACCCGGAAACCAGGUGGAACAAAGGCACCAUCCUGAAGGCGUCUGUGGAUUACAUCCGCAAACUGCAGAAAGAGCAGCAGAGAGCCAGAGAGAUGGAGGAGAGGCAGCGCAGGCUGGAGAGCACCAACCGCUCGCUGCAACUUCGCAUACAGGAGUUGGAGCUCCAAGCUCGCCUUCAUGGCGUCUCCUCUUCCUCCAUCUCUGUGGACCCCCAGACGCUCCUGUCCCCGCUAUUGCCCAACCCGUCGCUGAGCUUCAUGGACCUGGACGACUCCCACCAGGCGUCCGCUGUCUUCUCCACGGACCUGGUGGCGGAGUUGGGGGCGGGGCUGAGCGACCUGGGGGCGGGGCUUCUGAUGGAGGAGGACGGGGGCGGGGCUGUGAUGUCCGACCCGCUGCUGUCCUGCGGCGCCUCGAAGACCAGCAGCCGGCGGAGCAGUUUCAGCAUGGACGAGGACCUUUGAUGAUGUCACCACAGGAUGGUCUCUGAUUGGCUGAGGGGGCCGGGUCAAAGAUUUAGCAAAGAAAUCGAUAGAACAAUUUAUAGUCUGUGAUGUCCAACAUAUUCAGAUUACAAAAUACAGACAACGUAACCAUGGCAACCACUUCAUGCUAACUGCUGUGAGUCAUUGUUGUGUAACCAUGGCGACAUUUUCCUCACUGUGUUACCAUGGCAACCUUUACGUUCACCUUAAAACGGAUCAGCACCAGAGCUGACUGGUGGUUAAAUAACAAUCUGUCAUCUGAUUGGCUGAUUUGAGCAGGUCGUGGGUUCGACAGGUGAGCCCUCAGGUGUGUUGCUCACCUGCUUGUACAAAGCUGUAAAUUCACAGAAAUCUAUAAUCAGUGUGCUGGAAAGAUUUUAUGGAGGUUUUAUGAAGAAGAAGAUAAAUUUUUCUGGUCCAGAUUGUUUACUUCCUGUUUGUGUCCAUGUUUCAAUGUCCUGCUGGAGACAAAGUUCAGGACCUACAGAAGGGAAAUCAGGGACCGGUACCUGGACCCUGUGGUUCCGGACUGGCAGAUACUCCAGAGUUGACUCACUGCGAUGCUAGCAUCUUUUAAGAAAACUGGCAUGUACCAGUUUUGCUGCCAGUUUUGUUGAUGUCCUGCAUUGUGGGAAAGUGGGAAAUUAGUUACCUAACCCAUUCGUCAGGAGUUCUUCCUGGUUCAUAGGUCAGUCUCCUACAGACUCAGUCUGGGUCCUCUGGACUUGGCAAAGCGCUAUACAAGUACAAACCAUCUAUUAUGAAUUUAUUUUGGGCUGUUUUUUGCCUCUGGAGGUCUACGUGUUUCUGAUUCUGACCUGCAUCUGAAGAUGCACUAACAUAAUUGGCUGCUAGUGCAAUCAUGUUAACACGAUGAACAUGACGACAUGCUAUCAUGAUGAGCGGGGGCGUGAUGAUUCUUUUACAUUUUAAUCAAGCAUUAAAUAAUAACAUUUUGAUAUUUCUGAACAUUUCCAAACUCAUGCCUUUAGCUGUUAGCUCAGAGUGCUAACUAGUGUUACACACUCAACCAAGGGAAAUGGAUGGACGUUUGGGACAUUAUCUGCUGUUGUUCAUGUUACUAAUCCCAGCCACUGAAAAUGAAGCUAACUGCAAUCAUGUCUGCUGUUAGCUGAGUGUUAGCAUCAUUGCCGGUUGUCAUCGGGAUCACAUGGAAUUAGUCACAAAGGGAAAUCUGUUUCUCUGGUCCUUCAUGCUGUUUUAUGUUAAUGAUGUUUACAUGUAGUCUGUUUAUAAUCUUAGCUAAGAUUGUGUUUUUUAAAACUAUUAAAUUUCACACUCUGUUAUCUUUCAUAUAGAAUAAAUAUUCAAACAGAAAUGUGA